GAUAAGGGAUCGGCUAAGUCGUCUCUUACACCAGCUUCCCAAGUGCCAACUGUACCUCCAGGUUCAGUGACGGUAUCCUCCUGUCCUGGGGAUGUACCACCCCCUGCCAAGUCCGGCAAUCAACAAGCGACUCGGCACAAAAAAGCCUCCAAGCGGGCGGCAACUACGAGGCGUUCCGCCUUUAGGAUUAUUGAGCUACUCGGGUCCAAACCACCCGGGGAACUCACCACGGAGCAAUCAGCUUCCCUCCAAUGGGCCAAGACCCAGAUAGCUGGCAAAGACAAUGCUUCUCCUCCCGCCGAAGUGAAAACGGAAGCGGCGCCUAAACGGCAACGUUCAGAGGAGGAAGCAGCUUCUGCAAGCCAGCAAUUAGGGACGAAACGUCCAAAACAAACGCAGAAGUCAAUGACGCGCUCCUUCAGUGAGGUUGCUAAAGACAGCCUCGUUCGGGCCGUCAUUGACCGAAGCGAUGUUGACGGAUCCAUAUCCCAGUCUAACUGGGAUGUGGUGAAGCAAAAACUGAUGGGAGUGUUCUGGCAAGUGCUCAAAGAGAACCCAGGCACUCCUCCUCAAUGCGAUGACGCUGGAUGGUUUCAGGGUCACGUUAAACUAAUGACUUGUGCAGACGAACGCUCAGCGUUGCUGCUCAAGUCUGCCAUUUCGCUAUUGGGUGAGGUAUGGGGUGGAUCUAAGCUUGAUGUGGUGACUCCUGAGGAGAUACCACGCAGGCCUCGAUCCAUCGCCAAAAUACCGUCAGAACCCUCCACUCCCGAAGAGAUCUUGGAGAUCCUAAAGUGCUGCAACCCUCAGCUUCCAACUAAUGACUGGAAAGUUGUAAGGGUUUCAGAGGCUGACGGACCUUCAAGACAUGUGAUCGUAGUCCUGAACAAGGAAUCCUUGGAACCGCUGCGAGAAACAAAGGGGAAGGUCUAUUACGGCUUCGGAACGAUCUUCCUCCACGUUUAUCGUAGCGAUUCCAAGGGCGAUCCCUCUCCGAAGGUGGAGGUAGAUGGCGAGGAGACCGUGCAGUCAAUAGAAGGCACGGUUAGCAACAUAACCUCUGAUCCCUCCGAGAAAGAUGAUGCUCAGAGAUGGUGA